ACAGAAAUUAAACCACCAUUUAUAUUUUGAUAAACUAAGCUAUGAUUUGGUUUUACUUUAUUAUUCUUCUCUUGCUACGCCCAAACGCUAUAAGUGUUGCCGCUUCUCUUGGCAACCAGUUGGUAGCAGUUGCAGAAGGUGGCGGAGAUGCUGUCAUCAAGUGCUUCCAUAAGGAGAAACAAGCUCUUCUUCAUUUCAAAGCUUCCCUGCAAGACCCCCUUGGCCAACUCUCUACAUGGAGACUCGAAGACGAUGAUUGCUGUAAAUGGAGUGGAGUCACCUGCAACAACCAGACACGUCAUGUAACAAAGAUCGACCUGUCAUCCAAUCCUUUAACAGGUCUUCGAGGUCUUGGAGAUCAAACAACUUCUUCGGACCCAUUCCUUUACAACUAUGUCAUCUUGUGAACCUUCAGAUCCUAGACUUGUCAAGGAACAACCUCAAUGGAACCAUCCCAUCAUGCAUUAAYAAUUUGASUGCCAUUGUUCARGGAAGAUAUUUGCAAAGCCGRAACAUACGCCAGCCAUUGGCUUACAAAGCUAAUGCUACUUUACUUGACAUUUUCUUUAACUAUGUUGACAACGGGAUGAUUCAGUGGCAAGGAAUUGAACGCGAAUUCACCARCAAUCUGGGAUUGUUAGCGAGCAUUGAUUUGUCAAGCAACAACUUAACRGGAAAAAUCCCAAAUGAAUUGGUCGAUCUUCAUGAACUGCUUGCACUGAAUUUGUCGAAGAACACUCUACUUGGAGAGCUUCCAAUAAAAAUUGGCGAGAUGAAAAAUCUUUUAACUCUGGAUUUAUCUAGAAACAAUUUUUCAGGAGCAAUACCAUCAAGCAUGUCUCAAAUGGCUUCAUUAAAUUACCUAGAUAUGUCGCAUAACAAUUUGUCAGGGAGAAUUCCAUCUAGCACUCAACUCCAGUCCU